UAUCGGGGAACAUUUUCCAUUGUUUUAUUAAUGAGAAUGAAUUACAAAAGAAAGGGGGACUAGGCCAACACCUUCCUAUAAAGGCAUACCUCUAAGAAAUAUGAACAAGGCAUGAGAAAGCAAAUGAAAAGAUAAAAAGGUGAAAAUUGGGGGGACUGUACCUUACCCAAUAAAAUACAAUGGGAAAAAUAAAAACCAGAUCUGAAUUAGGAAACCCUAAAAUUAGGCAACCCAUUCGCUUAAAGAGCAAUGGUUCCUCGAACCCGAAUAGGCAAGUGAGCAGCCAGGUAGAAAAUUGUUGGUCUUCCAUUUUCGUUCGCAAUUUGUGCUAUAUGAUGUGCAGCCUCGUUACAUUGUCUGUAGCAGUGCGAGAAGUUGAGAUUAAAACGCUUGGCAAGGCAAACGAUGGGAUUAACCAAGUGAGAGUAUCUCGGCUUAUCUGAGUUUCGUCGGAGAAGGGAAACAGCCGCAAGAGAAUCAGAUUCCACUUCCAAAUCUUUGAAACCACCCUCAGUAAUCCAGUGAAUCGCAACAAAGGUGGCCAUUAAUUCAGCUUCAAGAACCGAGGAAGCUUUGAGGGGGAAAGAUCCAGCCAAAAUAAAAGCACCUCAGACAUCUCUUAGGAUGGCACCACCAGCGGAAGAUUUAUGAUUAUAGGCAACAUCAACGUUCAGCUUAAAGGUUGAAGCUAGGGCCUGUUGUCUACACCUUUGCACAGGUGGAAAGAAUCUAGAGGAAGACGUGAAAUGGAAGGUAGACGUAUGCCGACAAGAAACAAUCCGGGGGGGCCAACACCGGUAGCUUCUAUUGGAGCUAGCCGGGCCGCAUCUCGAGGCUCAAGAGGUCGAAGAGGAGGCCGUGGAAGUCGUGGAGGUCGUGGGGGCGAUCGUGCCCAAACUGUGAGCGAGGGUCAUGUGAGUUCGAUGUAUGAAACUAACACCGAGAACCAUGACUCAACUUAUGUUCCCGAGACGGGACAUGAGGAGACCCCAUAUGACGGGGGUGAUUUCCACACCGAUGAUGAACACAAUGAUGAGAGCAAUGCCCGAUUUGCUCAAAUGGGGGAAUUGCUUGAGUGGUAUCAAAGGGAGAAACAAAGAAGGGACCUUAGGCGCCAAGCGAGGCGUGACUCUCAAAGAGGUUCGGGUCAAGGAAGCCGGGGGGCUUCAAGGGCCGCUGCAGGAGUGUCCCAAGGUGGGCACGAAGGAGAUUUUUGUGUUAGAAUCUCCAAGUACCUCAAAGAAGCAAGGGCUUUGGGGUGCAAAUCCUUUGACGGCACCGGAGAUAUCACCGUUGCCGCCGAUUGGAUAAAGAAGGUUAAGGAUGCCGCAAGAGACAUGCAAAUCACCCCCGACGUGAAGUUGACUAUUGCUUCACGCUUGCUUGAAGGAAUGGCUUCUACAUGGUGGGAAGGUGUAGAAGGAAAGUACCGCGGGACAGUCUCAUGGGAAAAUUUUGAGCAAGAUUUCUACGCUCAAUACUACUCCGACUACGAGGUAAAUGUGAAGCGUAGGGAAUACACAAAUCUCAAGCAAAAGGAAGGUACCACAGUUAAACAAUUGGAGCAAGAGUUUAGAACCUUGGCUAGAUUCUUACCUGAGUAUGCGGCCGAUGAGGACCGCAUGACCGAACACUUUUGGGACGCUUUGUUGUUGGACAUCCGUGAUCGGGCCACAUACUCACGUAACAUGACCUUUAGUGAGGUGGUAGAGCAGGGUCUUCUUGGGGAAACCCAAUGGAAUGAGAGAAAGGCAAGAGACACCGAGGAGGCGAAGAAGAGGAAAUGGAGCAAUCCGGGGCAACCCGAUCAAUCGUGGAAGAACAACCACGGUGGUGGUGGUUCACUUAGACCCCCGGCGCCACCGACAAAGAAGAAUAAAGAUGCAAGGUGGCACGGACCUAGGCCACAGAAUUCGGGGGCACCUAGAUGCCCCCAAUUGCACCAAACAGCACUUUGGGAAGUGCAAUGAACCACCGAGGUGUUUCAAGUGCGGGAAUGCGGGCCAUAUGAAGGCCAAUUGCCCUCAAUUGACACAAGGAAAUGCAUCGGAAACCGGAGGAGGGGCCAUGACAGGGAGGAACCGUGCAGGACCGUCACACGGUGGCACGGGAAGAGGCGGUGCGUCAACGAGCAACGCCGCAUCCGUUAACCAAGGCGGGGCCCAAGCAAGGGUCUACGCGAUGACCGAGGCCAAUGCUCGGGCCAACCCUGACUCCGUUGCAGGUAAUCCCUUGUUAAUGCUUGAUAAAAUACGUGUAUUAAUGUGUUAAAAGUGAUGGCGGGGUUUUACGGGCCGGCCGGUGACUUUACCGGUCGGUUUCUAAGUAAAAGGAGCAAGAGAAAGGGGAAGGGGGUGCCCAGGGCCCAACCGGCGCCGUUCCCCGGCCAACUGGCGCCGGUCGUAGCGUCCAAAAUGCUACUGGCAACCACGCACGCGUGCGUGAGAAGGGACGCACGCGUGCGUGAAAAGGGACACACGCGUGCGUCCCCCAUUUUUGAGCCAACCGGCGCCGUUCGUUGCGUUAAAACACUCUUUUACCCUACUGCCACCCACACACGCAUGCGUGGGAAGGGACGCACGUGUGCGUACCCCAUUUCCGACAAAAAAAAACGGCCCAACCGGCGCCGGUUAGGCCCAGAACCGGCGCCGGUCCAAUCCAAUUUGGAAAAACAAAUUUUUUUUAGCCCGUUUCUGAUUCGGUACUUCGAGUAGGGUGUAUUACAUCAUCUGUAAAUGUAGGAACACUCUUGAUCAAUGGAAGAAACGCAAGAAUUCUCAUUGAUACCGGGGCGCAACGUUCUUUCGUGAGCGAAGCGUUUGCCGAAGGUCUUGACGUGCCAUUGACGCCGAUGACUCAGACCUUGUUAGUCUCCACACCGUUAGGAGAUGAUGUGGAGAGGGACCACUAUUAUGAAUCGUGUGAGGUAGAAGUGACGGGUCAACCCUUGACUUGUGAUUUCGUACCUCUAAGUAUGUUGGAGUUUGAUGCGAUCCUAGGGAUGGAUUGGCUCGAAAAGCAUCAUGCUAGAGUUGAUUGCUACACCAAGGUCUUAGAGCUUGAGGAUGAUGAGGGAAACACCAUACGAUUCGAGGGAGAUCGAGGGAGAUCUCAAAGUUGUAUCAUAUCCGUGAUGAGAGCACGGAAGAUGAUAAAGAAAGGUUGCCACGCGUACCUUGCUUACGUGGUAGAUGAGACAAAGAAGGAGGUCGACAUCAACGAUGUACGUGUCGUGUGUAAGUACCCGAACGUCUUCCCCAAAGACUUAUCGGGGCUUCCACCCGAUAGAGAGAUCGAGUUCGUGAUUGAAGUUGAGCCGGGAACUAAACCCAUUUCGAUUCCUCCUUAUCGAAUGGCACCGGCGGAACUUCAAGAGUUUAAAGUCCAACUACAGGAGUUAUUGGAUAACGGGUUCAUUAGACCUAGUCAUUCACCGUGGGGAGCACCGGUACUCUUCAUGAAGAAGAAAGAUGGUACACUAAGAAUGUGUAUAGAUUACCGACAGUUGAACAAAGUCACGAUCAAGAAUAGGUAUCCUUUACCGAGGAUUGAUGACUUGUUUGAUCAACUGCGGGGGGCUAUGGUGUUCUCUAAGAUUGAUUUGAGAUCGGACUAUCAUCAGUUGAAAAUCAAAGAGAGAGACAUACCAAAGAGUGCUUUUCGCACUAGAUAUGGUCACUACGAGUUUCUUGUGAUGUCAUUUGGUUUAACCAAUGCACCGACGGCAUUCAUGGACUUGAUGAACCGUGUGUUCAGUGAGUACUUAGAUCAGUUUGUGAUUGUAUUCAUUGAUGACAUCUUGAUAUACUCGAGAGACGAAGAAGAACAUGCACAUCACCUAAGGCUUGUGCUUGAAAGGCUAAGAGAGAAGCAACUCUUUGCCAAGUUCUCAAAAUGUGAAUUUUGGCUUAAAGAGACUGGCUUCCUCGGACAUGUCAUAUCCGGAUCGGGCGUUGCGGUGGACAAUGCAAAGAUAGAAGCUAUCAUUGAUUGGGAACGACACAAGAAUGUGAAAGAGAUACAUAGUUUCCUUGGCCUAGCUGGGUACUAUCACAAAUUCGUGGAAAUAUUCUCCGUGUUGGCGUCACCACUUACGAAGCUCACGAAGAAGGGGACUAAGUUCGUAUGGGACGACAAGUGUGAGAAAGGGUUUCUUGAACUAAAGAAACGACUCACCGAGGCACCAGUUCUUGCUCUACCCGUACAAGGGAUAGGGUAUGAUAUCUAUAGUGAUACUAGCAUCCAAGGGCUUGGAUGUGUACUGAUGCAAAACGGGAAGGUAAUUGUCUAUGCUUCUAGACAAUUGAGGAAACAUGAGGUUAACUACCCUACCCAUGACCUGGAGUUGGGAGCGGUAGUGUUUGCACUAAAAAUUUGGAGGCAUUAUCUCUACGGGGAGACAUGUCACAUCUACACCGAUCAUAAGAGCCUGAAGUACGUAUUCACUCAGAAAGAGCUGAAUAUGAGGCAAAGGAGAUGGAUGGAGUUGAUCAAGGACUAUGACUUGAUCAUCGACUAUCAUCCCGGUAAGGCGAAUGUGGUGGCCGAUGCACUGAGUAGGAAGAGUACGUCGGGGGCGUUACUCACGUGCCUACAGGCAUCAAGGGCACGCGUGGAGGUGACCACGAGCGGGGCCCUCAUAGCAAGAUUUGAUGUUAGACCUACCUUGAUGGAUGAGAUUAGCAGAUGUCAGAGCAUUGAUGAAGAAUGUCAGAAGAUCCGCGAACGGAUCACUGCAGGACCCGUUUAGGAUUUUCGGGUACAGGAGGAUGGUCUUUUGUUGUUUAAGGAUCGUAUAUGUGUACCGAAGAAUGAAGAGCUCCAAAAGUCCAUACUAGAGGAGGCUCAUUCCUCGACUUAUGCUAUGCAUCUAGGGGGUACAAAGAUGUACCAAGACUUAAAGGAAAGUUAUUGGUGGUCAGGCAUGAAGAGGGACAUUGCAGAGUAUGUGAGUCGGUGCCUUACUUUUCAGCAAGUUAAGGCAGAGCAUCAGCACCCGGCAGGGCUUUUGCAGCCACUUACCAUUCCAGAAUGGAAGUGGGAACAUAUGACAAUGGACUUUGUGGUAGGAUUACCACGGACGGUGAACAACUACGAUACAGUGUGGGUGGUGGUUGAUAGACUUACCAAGAGUGCACACUUUUUGCCUAUCAACAUCACUUAUCCCCUUGAGCGAUUGGCCAAGUUGUACACGGAGGUGAUUGUGAGGUUACAUGGAGUUCCAAUAUCCAUUGUCUCGGAUAGGGACCCACGAUUCACAUCCAGGUUUUGGCCAAAGUUCCAAGCAUCAUUGGGAAUUAAACUGAAGUUUAGCACAGCGUUUCACCCUCAGAUGGAUGGACAAUCCGAGCGGGUGAUACAGAUUUUGGAAUACAUGCUUAGGGCAUGUGCUUUAGAGUUCCAAGGGAGUUGGGACAAACAUUUGGCUUUAGUAGAGUUUGCCUAUAACAACAGUUAUCAGGCGAGUAUUGGCAUGCCCCCAUAUGAAGCAUUGUAUGGGAGGAAAUGCAGGACACCAUUAUGCUGGGACGAGGUUGGCGAGGCCAAACUCGAAGGUAUAGAACUUGUUGAGAUCACCAAGGAUAAGGUGAAGAUCAUUCGAGAUAGACUUAAGGCUGCCCAAUAUCGGCAUAAGAGCUAUGCCGAUAAACGACGUAGGUCGUUAGAGUUUGCAGUUGGGGAUGAGGUGUUUCUAAGGAUUUCUCCUUGGAAAGGUAUCAUCUGAUUCAUAUCGAGGGGUAAGCUUAACCCCCGAUACAUUGGUCCGUUCGAAAUCCUUGAAAGGAUUGGGGCCGUGGCUUACCGUCUCAAGUUAUCACCUGAACUUGAGAAGAUUCAUGACGUGUUCCAUGUAUCGAUGCUCAAGAAGUAUGUACGAGAUCCGUCACAUAUUCUUGAGAGACCACCAGUAGAGAUCCGAGAGGACUUACAAUAUGCAGUGGAACCGGUGAAGAUAGUGGGUCAGCAUGUAAAGAAGCUUAGGAACAAGGAGAUUCCUAUGGUGAAAGUACUUUGGAGGAGUGAUCGAGUCGAAGAAGAAACCUGGGAGACCGAGGUCUCAAUGAGGGAGCAAUACCCGUUUCUUUUCGAUUAGACACGUGAUUUCGGGGACGAAAUCCCAAAUAAGGGGGGGGGGGUGAACUUGUAACACCGUCUCCAAGUAUAUUUACUUUUUAGUAAAACAUGUAAUAAACCUUGAAUAAUGAUUUAUGAAUUUACGAGGUUGUAAAUUUUGUUGAUUACUUUGCGUGAAUAGUGAAUCGCACGCAGGCCUACAUCGGGAGCGGGGACCACCCGAUAACCCCCGGACCACAUAUUAUAUUCAUCUUGGUCUAGAUAAUAUUUAUAUGAUGGUACAUAUUUUAGUUGGGCCAUAGUAAGGGCAUAGGGUUGACCCGUUGGUCAAACGAGGCCCAAUUACCGGUAUUGGUAAUUUAUCGGAUAUCAGCCCGAAAUGAAUUUCGGAGACUUCUACAUUAAAGAUGGGGGAUUAAUAAUUAUUCUAAGGGUCCAUAGUGAUUGAAAUCGCACAGUAUAUUUUAUUUGACCCGAUAAAAUAAAGUAUAAUUAAAACAGUCCGAGAAAUACAACUUUCGGGGCCGAAUGUACAUUUCGGGACAAGUUGGGAUGACCUCCCACAUGAGUGGGGGCCAGCCCACGUUUUUUUGUGCUCAAGGUUGACAAAGAGGGGGUGCAUUAUGGGAGAGGAGUGGUUGAGAUGAAGAGCAUCUAAAUAAAAUAGGGGUGGGCCUUUCCACCCACACCACACAUGCUAUUGAGACAAAAAGGACACUCCCACCCUCUUCCCUUGAUCAGUUCGGCCAACCCACCCCAAUCAACAACAAGAACCCUCCAUCUAUCAUCCUCCAUAGCCAAGAACAAGCUCAAGCAAGGGUGGUUCAAAAGAAGGGGGAUUAAGAAGGAAAAAGUGAGGAAAACUUGGAUAAUUAAGGAGCUUGACUAAAGUGUUUCUAGAGUUCGCCGGAGUUUCGUCGGAGUUCGUCGGAGUUUCGCCGGAGUUCCUCGGAGUUUCGCCGGAGUUCCUCGGAGUUUCGCCGGAGUUCGUCGGAGUUUCGCCGGAGUUCGACUUAGAAGUGUAUAAUCUUUUUAAAGCUCAUUUGAGAGGAAAGUGAGAAAUUCCCAUCCUGUGAGGGGGUCCAAAUGAAAUUUUCAUGAUGCUGCUCUACAAAACUUAAACCAAGGGCAUGAGUCUGACAAAUACGCCUCCAGAUAGGAGAAUCAGUUCACAGCUUGACCUGAAGCUUGCUGAUAAGUGUUCAGAAAGUUGCUGAAGUUUAACAAAGUUCUGGCAUCACCAUUCAUGAAAAGUAGCAAGUCAUCAUCAUAUCCUAGAUGAGUGAUCAGUGGGGCACCUCUACUAACCAUGGUAGCUAACUGAGGAAUGCAGUUGAGGACUUGAUCAGAUAAUUCCUCAGAAGUAGGAUCUCCAUGGGCUGAGAAAAAUGUCUUGAAAUAGAAAGUAGCAGCUUCACCAAUUUGCUGACUGUCUGUAACCCAGGAUGACCGGUAGAAGGAUCGAAGGAAAAGAUUUGUAUAAAUUGACUCAAAUGCGACAUUUAGCUAUAGCGAAAGUCAUAUGCAUUGUUAUGUAUUGGGUUGGAUUGCGAAGACGGAACAAUGUGAAUCGUGUAAUGUCAUUGGAGGGAGAAAGGGUAAGGACUAUACUGUUCGAUGGGGUUGUAACUCAUGAUUCAGGACCUGGUAUUGUACGAUUGAGCGCAGAAGCAUUCAUGGGACUUUGUAAUAUAUUAGUUAGAUAUGGUGGUCUUCGACCCACAAUACGAGUUAACGUUGAAGAACAGGUAGCAAAAUCCCUAUAUGUGUUGGCACAUGGUGUGACCAAUCAGGCGUUACGUUUCUUUUUUGAUCAGUCUAAAGAAACAAAUAGUCGUCAUUUUCAUAACAUCUUGAGAGCUAUAUUAGAAGUGGAAGACAGAUUUCUCAUACAACCAAAUGGAUAUGAAGUUCCUGGAGAAAUAUUCAGCAACUCUCGAUACUAUCCUUUUUUAAGGAUUGUGUUGGGGCUAUUGAUGGAACACACAUUCAUGUAAAAGUGUCUCCUAAUGAAGCUCCUAGAUAUCGUGGUAGAAAAGAAAAACCUACAGUAAAUGUUUUGGCUGCAUGCUCAUUUGAUUUGAAAUUCACAUAUGUGUUAGCUGGAUGGGAGGGUACGACAUCUGACUCUAGAAUAAUCAAAGAUGCAUUAACAAGAGAAUAUCCUCUAAAAGUCCCGGAAGGAAAAUACUAUCUUGUUGAUGCGGGAUUCAUGUUGAAACGUUGUCUUAUAACACCAUAUCGAGGACAACGUUAUCACUUGAAAGAGUACUCCCGCUGCAACGUGCCACAAAACGCACGGGAACUAUUCAAUCUUCGACAUGCAGCGUUAAGGAAUGCGAUUGAGCGUGCCUCCAGAAGAGCGACAUUGUAGUGGUGAUGGUGACGGCUCCAGUAUAGGAGAAGCGAUUAGAGAUUCCAUAGCCGCAUCUAAGUGGGCUGAUUACAAUAUGUAAAACAUGAAUAGUUAUGUCCCAAACUAUGUGUUUUUGUAAUUUUUUUUUUGAACCAUUGAAUUAACUGCUAGUGUAAUAACUUUUGUCAUUUUAAUUUGAGUUUUUAUUUACGAAUUAUGCCUAUUCAUAUUAUAAUAUAUUAGUGUGCUUGUAUUUGUGAAGAAUGGCUCCUAGAAGGAAAACUUUGGAUGACAACAGUUAAGGUGCAAGUAAGUCAACUAGCUCAUUAAAUUGGUCUAAGUCCAUGGAUGAUGCUCUUAUUGAUGCAUAUUUGAAUCAAGAUACUCUAGGCAAUAGAGUGGGUGGAACUUUCACUACACACGCUUAUGAUAAUAUCCUUAAGGAACUGAAAGAAAAGUUUCCUGAUAAACCGAUUGACAAGGAUAAGAUUCAAAAUCGGAUGAAGAAUAUCAAAAGGAUUUGGUAUCCAUGUUACGACUUAUUCAAAUAUGGUGCUAGUGGCUUUGGUUGGAAUCCCGCUACGGAAAUGUUCACUGCUAAACCUGAAGUUUGGCAACGCUUGAUUGAGGUGAAACCAGAAGCUGCAGAAUGGAAAAAUAAGCUUUUGUUGAAGAGAGCGAAGUUUACACAUCAUUGGAUAAUAGAGGGAGUUCAUCGUUCAAAUAUUGUUCAACCAUUCUGUGAUUCUCUGCUUGUAUUAUAUUAUAUGAUUGUUGAUUGAUAAAGGGACUAAUAGGCCUAAAAAAGUUGAUGCUAUUUUUAUUGGUUAUGUUGAACAUUCUUAUGCAUUGAGAUUUUUGGUUAUUAAAUCUGAAAUUUCUGGCAUAGAUGUUAAUACUAUUAUAGAAUUUCGUGAUGCUACUUUCUUUGAAAAUGUUUUCCCAAUGAAAACGGGUGUGCCCCAAAAUAUUUCUUUUAAAAAUCAAGAAACCACAUUUAAUUCAAUUCGUGAUCAAGUGGAAAAGAUGACAAAUGUGGGUGUAGAAUCUAGUAGUACUAGUCACGCUAGUUUUGAAUCAAAUGAACUAGAUGAUCCCAAAAGGAGCAAACGGGCUAGGAUCAGAGAAAUGGUGCUAAAUAGGAGCUUAAGUUCUCUUAUGUAAAUAUAUAAGACCUUGACUUUUUUUACUCCUAAAUAGGACCUAAUUUUCCGUGUCUACCAUAUUUGCCCUUAAGUCUUUAUUUUUGCUUCUCACUGUGACCGUGUCAACAAAUUCUCACGCAAGGCAUCUCAAUCUCUUCCAGGGCAGAGGAGCUUGGCCGGUGAUGCAAGCAAGACGGUACGGCGACGCGCCAGUGGCAGUGCAGCGGCUGGACGACACGGCGACAUAGCGGCUGCGAGUCUGCGACGGAAGGCAGUGGCGGAUCUGCCAGGGGGCUGGUGCCCCUGCUUCGGCCAUCAAGCUAGGGUAUAGGCUAUGGUUGUGGAUCCGGAGAAAUGACGAAGUAGCAGGAGUUCUUGGUCUGAAAAUAGCGCGAGUCGGAACGAUGGGUUCCAACUAUGGAAAGAUGAUGCAAAAUUGUGGUCGAAACCAUGGAUUCCGACUGAAGUAGUAAAUUAAUUGGAAGAGUAGCGACUAGCGACUACUACUAUGUGGCUUCAAAAGUUGUAAAAUAAUUAGUGGGUGGAGAUGAACAAUUUCGAAACAAUUGCUACACAUUAAUUUUAGUUGUAAAGUAGAACAACGCAUUUUAAUAAAACUGACAAUAAUUUUGGCA